AUGGUCCCCCUCAGCAUAAACAAGGACUUUGUCGCCGCCUGCCUGGCCAUCUCGAAGUGGGACCUGCAGGGGAGCCGCUUCCCUAUUUCCCCCACCGAGACACUCAAUCGGCUCACGGCCAACUACGCCAAUGCCUAUACCGACUUCUACGGCAGCCGCACUCCCUGCGUCUUCAAGACCGGCCCUGAGUGGCCCAAACGCAAGGGUCCCGAUGCUCAGAGCAUCGUCCGUGAGCCUCGCCCCAUCUACGGUCACGCCAUCGCGCCCACUUGGCUCUCUAUCGGCCAUCGUAUCAUCAAGAGCCUCGACUCUGCCAGCGUGCUGUGGACCUCCAUCAACCCCCUCGCCUACGCUAACGCCGGGGAGGCGAAGCCGUUCUGCCCCUUUGUCAUCUCCAUCGGUGCCGUCCAGGGUAUCCUUACCGAGGCUGGAUUCCCUACCAUCGAGGUGGCUAUCGUGGAGUCGGUCGUCACGCGUUCGGGAGUCGCUGCCGCUGCCAGGACUCCCGGGCUCCUCUCGUUCGACCCCCUCCUCGACGACGUCCCUGAGCUGCGGAAGCCCACCCCACUACGAGGGACGGGCGCUCUCUACUACCGCCUCGGCAAAGACGACAAGCGUGUCGCCAUCCUGACCUGCGCUCACGUCGCCCGCCCCCCUCCCGGGGGCUAUACCGACGCAGUUGGUGCCAUAAUGAAGGAGAUCGGCGACCUCGUCCUGUCCAUCGAAGUUUGGGACGCCAUACUCAAGAGACUGGGAAAGCGUUCGGCCGAGCCCUACGGCUAUAUGGAGGAUUGGGCCCUGGUAGAGUUGUACGACGAGAAGAUCGACUGGGAGACUUUCACGGGAAACAAGGUCUACGUCGGCGGCAACAUGUCCAUCACCAACUUCGCCGAAACCAUGUUCUCGCAGCCAGCCGACCGGGCGAACUACAGCUACCCCGAGGACGGUCUCCUGCAGGCUCAUGGCGUUGUGAGGACGCCGAGUUCCGCAACCCCCAGCACCUCGACGUCCACAACGAGAAGUGCUGCUCGUGGUGAAGAACGGGCUGACGACGGGGACGACGGUCGGCCGCGUCAACGGUCUCGAGUCUUUCACCCGCCACUACGACGGCACGACAUCCACCACACGGCGAUCGAGAUCGCCGUCUUGGGCUACGACAAGCAGCACCCCAAGUUCUCCGACGCUGGUGAUUCCGGGUCCAUCGUCCUCGCCAGGGACGGUCGCAUCGUCGGCCUCAUCACCGGCGGUGGAGGCCCCAGCGACGAGGCCACCAUCACCUACAUCUGCCCUUACUGGUGGCUCGAGAAGCGCAUCAAGGCCAAGUUCCCCGACUGCUUCCUCUUCGACGCCGUCAAGUAG